AGUGUACAAGACGGCGAUUGAUUAGGGUUUUGGAAACAAUGGCUUCUUUUAGGACUCUAACGUCUGCAAUCUUUGAGGUCUUAAUGCUUAUGAUCGGCGCAAGAAGUUUUGGAAUGAGCACGGCUUGACAUUUCCUUGCCUCAUUCAUGCCAACCAUGUCUAUACUGUAUCACGAGCAAUUGCGGAUGUGACUGACAGUAAUGAUGUGAAAGGUUUGACUACGCUACAAAGAAGAUUCUCAUUGUUGCAAUCAUUUACGGAUGAUCCUUGCUUUGGACUGCUGAGUCCAUGGAGCUGGGUUGAAUGCUCUAAUGAUACACCAGCACGCAUAACCGCACUGAAUCUUCAAUCUGAUGGUUUCACUGGUUCUUUACCGGAUUUUAGCACCAUGGAUGCCCUCGAGACAAUUGAUUUCAGUCUGAACAGUUGGACUGGGCCUAUUCCUGAUUUUCUUGGCACCUUACCAAAUCUUACAACUUUGGAUUUGUCAAACAAUGAUUUUAGUGGAACAAUACCAGCUUCAAUCGCAAACAACAAUAAUUUGAUUACAUAUAUAUCCGGAAAUCUUAAGCUUUCUACAUCCAGCAAGAGCAAUACCAACAAUCCCUCAAGUGAUACGACGAUUGGUAUCCCAAAUAAUGAUCAGCAGCUAUACACCACGGGUGCGAAUAAAAAGAACAAAACAGGCGUAAUUGUUGGGAUUUUAGGUUCAGUAUUUCUGAUUGCUGGGAUAGUUGCCGGAGUUCUUGCCAUUAAGAACCAUACCAAGAGAAAAGCUGAAGCCGUGGCUGAAGCUAAUAAUGCUGCUGCAGGGAAAGAAACAAUGAAUUUGGAGAGGGAGGAAACUAGUAUGAAGGAGGAGCAAAAGUUUUAUACAUAGUCGGUUGAUUCAUAAAAAGGAAACACCUUGUUUUCGUUUGGGAAAUUGUAUUACUCACAUAUUUGUUAUUUUACUUUGUGUAAUCCACAAAGAGAAGUAUAGGAAAUGACUUCCAUUCUAUUCUAUAUACGCAAUUGAACCAAAUAUUAUUUUACAUUAGUGUGAUGAAAGUCGAUAUAUUUUAAUAUCAUG